AUGACAGAUGACGACUUUGAGCACGGUCUCUUUGAAGACUCUGAAGGAUCGCCUGAGGAGGAAGUUGUGAAGCCACAUUUCACUACCAGUGAUAGUCCUCAAGCUGAUGAUUUACCUACGACACUUCCUGAUUUGACACCGGAAUCACCAGUGGAACCUGAACCCGUAGUCCAAGAGGCACUGCAGAAGUCUAUACCUAGGACGGCAUAUCCAGUGAGGGACCAUCAUUUGGUGAUAUGCAAGUUCCCGCCAGCUGUAUCCAUGGCAGCGUCACCCUUCAACGAGAUGCAAGAACGUCAGAUGUUGCUCCAGAAUCCCCAAAUAUUGGAAGAGCCUGUGAGUAGUGACAAUCUGGUAAUGAUGCGUUGGCGCUUCAAGAGAAACCCUGAGGGCAGCGAGGAACCAUUUGGUGUCCUGGAGACCAAUACUCAUUUUGUGGAGUGGGACGACGGCAGUUUCACCGUAUUCGUAGGGAGGACACCAUUAAAUGUCGAUUAUCGCAGCGAAACCGUGUUCCUUCUCGAGGACUCAUGCCCAGAUUUGAAACCUAUUCACGCUGUGAUAACAGAGCGCAUGCAGACUAAAUUCUCAAACAUUUUGAAGAACAAGUUUACCAGAUCUAAGGAACUUGGAGCAAAGCGCCAAAAGAUGGCAAUCACAUCGAUAGCUGAUGCAGUAUCUUCUAACAUCAGCGUUCAGCGUCAGAGGCUUGUGACACGCGAAAACGAGCGUUUCCGCCGUAUCCAGCGGGGCAGCGCAUACAAGCCACGCGGAUUAACUCGUCAAUUCCUUGAGAGCGACAGCGACUCGGAAUGA